AUGGCGCUGCUGGGCACGCUCCUCUGCUACCUUCUGGUGGUCUGGUCCUAUUGUCCCGGCUUCGGGCUGCCCCUGGCACCUGCCAGCUCCCGGGCCCCUGCUCCGGCCGUGGGACAAUUUUGGCACGUGACCGACUUGCACUUAGACCCUACUUACCACAUCACAGAUGAUCACACAAAAGUGUGCUCUUCAUCCAAAGGUGAAAAUGCCUCCAAUCCUGGCCCUUUUGGAGAUGUCCUGUGUGAUUCUCCAUAUCAACUUAUUUUGUCAGUGUUUGAUUUUAUUAAAAACUCAGGACAAAAAGCAUCUUUCAUGAUAUGGACAGGAGAUAGUCCACCUCAUGUUCCAGUACGAGAACUCUCAACAGACACGGUCAUAAAUGUGAUUGCUAAUAUGACAAUCACUAUCCAGAGUCUCUUUCCAAAUCUCCAGGUCUUCCCUGCAUUGGGGAAUCAUGACUAUUGGCCACAGGAUCAACUGCCGGUAGCCACCAGCAAAGUGUACAAUGCCGUAGCAAAUCUUUGGAAACCAUGGCUAACUGAAGAAGCUGUCAGUACCUUAAGGAUAGGUGGCUUUUAUUCACAAAAAGUUACCAAUAAUCCAAGCCUCCGAGUCAUCAGUCUAAACACAAACUUGUACUACAGCCCAAAUAUUGUGACUUUGAAUGAGACUGACCCAGCAAAUCAGUUUGAAUGGCUAGAAAGCACAUUGAACAGCUCUUGGCAAAAUAAGGAGAAGGUGUACAUCAUAGCACAUGUUCCAGUUGGGUAUCUGCCCUUUGUAAGGAGCACCACGGUGAUGAGAGAGUAUUAUAAUAAGAAAUUGAUCGGUAUUUUUAGAAAAUACAGCGAUGUCAUUGCAGGGCAAUUUUAUGGACACACACACAGAGACAGCAUUAUGGUUCUGUCAAAUGAAAAAGGAAAUCCAAUAAAUUCUCUGUUUGUGGCUCCUGCUGUUACUCCAGUAAAGAGUGUUUUAGAAAAGCAAACCAAUAAUCCUGGUGUCAGAUUAUUUCAGUAUGAUCCUCGUGAUUAUCUAUUAUUGGAUAUGCAGCAGUAUUACCUGAACCUGACAGAGGCUAAUCUGAAGGGAGAAUCCAACUGGACGCUGGAGUACAUCAUGACUCAGGCCUAUGGUAUUGAAGAUUUGCAGCCAAAGAGUUUAUAUGGUUUAGCUAAACAAUUUGCAAUCCUGGACAGUAAGCAGUUCCUAAAAUACUACAAUUACUUCUUUGUGAGUUAUGACAGUGCUGCAGUUUGUGAUGCUAAGUGUAAAGUCUUUCAAAUUUGUGCAAUUAUGAAUCUUGAUCAUAGUUCCUAUAAAGAUUGUCUCAAACAGUUUUACAUACAGCACAUGUACUAA